GCGGGCGCUCGCGGUAAGUUUGCGCCAAGUGCGCGGCAGCCGGGACGCAGACGGCGGCGGCGGCGAGAGGCGGAGCCCGGGGACCACCCCCCAUCACCCUCCCCCCAGUCACCUCACGUACCACAACCUCACCUAACCUCUCACCCCCCCUCCGAUCCCCCCAACCCCGGGAUGGCAGCGCCCGCCAGUCUUCCCGGCCGGACCAGCGGUCGCCAGCGCCGGCUUUAGCCUGUGGGACUAGGCCCCACCAAGGCCUGACCCCCGGAGCCGGGACCCACUGUGCAGUCAGCCGCCGGGCCGAGGCUGAGGGGCCGCUCCCCCCUCACGGCCCGUGGGGAGGACGCUGCCGUCCCAGGAACUGGGGGCCGGGGGGUGGGGGGGAGCCAGGACGAGGAAGUCGGGACCCGUGUUGGGAAAAAAGAAGGGGAACCGGGGUCAGGAGCGCCCCCUUCCCCGAAAUCCCCCCUCCCCCCGGGGUUGGGGGGGCCGAAGCAGAGAGCGCCCAGCCCGGGAGUUGGAUGAAUGUGGGAGAAAAUGGAGACCAAGACGAUCGUGUACGACUUGGAUACGUCUGGGGGGCUGAUGGAGCAAAUCCAAGCUCUGCUGGCUCCCCCCAAGUCCGACGAGGCAGAAAAGCGGAGUCGGAAGCCGGAGAAGGAGCCCCGGAGAAGCGGCAGGGCCACCAACCACGACAGCUGCGAUAGCUGCAAGGAAGGUGGAGAUCUCCUGUGCUGCGACCACUGCCCGGCCGCCUUCCACCUCCAGUGCUGUAACCCUCCACUGAGUGAAGAGAUGUUGCCUCCUGGGGAGUGGAUGUGUCACCGGUGCACUGUUCGCCGAAAGAAACGAGAGCAGAAAAAGGAGCUGGGCCAUGUCAAUGGACUGGUGGAAAAAACUGGCAAACGGACUACAUCACCCAGCAGUGACACUGACUUGUUGGACAGAUCAGCUAGCAAAACUGAACUCAAGGCCAUUGCCCAUGCCCGGAUUCUGGAAAGGAGAGCCAGCCGGCCUGGCACCCCCACAUCCAACGCCAGCACAGAGACCCCCACCUCUGAGCAGAACGACGUUGAUGAGGACAUCAUUGACGUGGAUGAGGAGCCAGUAGCAGCAGAGCCGGACUAUGUGCAGCCCCAGCUGAGGCGGCCUUUUGAGCUGCUCAUUGCUGCCGCUAUGGAGCGGAACCCCACCCAAUUUCAGUUACCCAAUGAACUGACUUGUACCACUGCACUACCAGGUUCUAGCAAGAGGAGAAGAAAGGAGGAAACCACAGGGAAAAAUGUUAAGAAGACACAACAUGAGUUAGAUCACAAUGGUCUUGUUCCCUUACCCGUCAAAGUCUGCUUCACAUGUAACAGGAGCUGCCGUGUGGCCCCUCUCAUCCAGUGUGACUAUUGCCCCCUCCUGUUUCAUAUGGACUGCCUCGAACCACCGCUCACUGCCAUGCCCCUGGGCAGAUGGAUGUGUCCGAAUCACAUCGAACAUGUGGUGCUGAACCAGAAGAAUAUGACACUGAGCAAUCGGUGCCAGGUGUUUGAUCGUUUCCAGGACACCAUUUCACAGCAUGUCGUCAAAGUGGACUUCCUGAACCGAAUCCAUAAGAAGCACCCUCCUAACCGCCGCGUGCUCCAGUCAGUCAAAAGAAGAAGCCUAAAGGUUCCUGAUGCUAUAAAAUCUCAGUACCAGUUUCCACCCCCUCUCAUUGCACCCGCGGCCAUUCGGGACGGGGAACUGAUCUGCAAUGGGAUUCCCGAGGAAUCACAGACGCACCUUUUGAACUCUGAGCACUUAGCCACCCAGGCAGAACAGCAAGAGUGGCUCUGUAGUGUUGUUGCGCUCCAGUGCAGCAUAUUGAAACAUUUAUCUGCUAAGCAGAUGCCUUCGCAUUGGGACUCUGAACAGACAGAGAAGGCUGAUAUUAAGCCUGUUAUUGUGACUGACAGCUCAAUCACCACAUCCCUGCAAACAGCUGACAAGGCACCUACACCUUCCCACUACCCCUUGUCCUGCCCCUCAGGGAUUAGCACCCAGAAUUCCCUGAGCUGCUCUCCACCCCACCAGCCCCCAGCCCUAGAGGACAUCAGCUGCAGUUCUUGUGCGGAAAAAUCCAAGAAAGCCCCUUGUGGGACUGCCAACGGGCCAGUGAACACAGAGGUGAAAGCCAAUGGCCCCCACCUCUACAGCAGCCCCACUGAUUCCACGGACCCCCGGCGACUUCCAGGCGCCAACACCCCUCUACCUGGCCUUUCACAUCGGCAAGGCUGGCCUCGGCCCCUCACGCCACCAGCGGCUGGGGGGCUUCAGAAUCACACCGUCGGCAUCAUUGUGAAGACAGAGAAUGCCACUGGCCCCAGCUCUUGCCCCCAGAGGAGUUUGGUUCCUGUCCCAAGCCUGCCCCCUUCCAUUCCCAGCUCUUGUGCCAGCAUCGAGAACACCAGCACUUUGCAAAGAAAGACUGUCCAAUCACAGAUAGGACCUCCGUUGACAGAUUCAAGGCCACUGGGCUCACCCCCAAAUGCCACCCGGGUGCUCACUCCCCCACAAGCAGCAGGAGAUGGUAUCUUGGCUACAGGAGCCAACCAGCGAUUCUGCUCACCAGCGCCAUCAUCAGAUGGCAAGGUCAGCCCCGGCACGUUAUCCAUAGGAAGCGCUUUAACCGUACCCUCUUUCCCAGCCAACUCUACUGCCAUGGUGGACCUCACCAAUUCACUUCGAGCAUUUAUGGAUGUCAAUGGAGAAAUCGAGAUAAAUAUGCUGGACGAGAAGCUGAUCAAGUUUCUGGCCUUGCAGAGAAUACAUCAGCUUUUCCCCUCCCGGGUCCAGGCUUCACCGGGCAGUGUUGGGACACAUCCACUGACUUCCGGAGGGCACCACACAGAAGUGCAAAGAAAGGAGGUACAGGCCCGAGCUGUGUUCUACCCCCUCUUAGGGUUGGGAGGAGCUGUGAACAUGUGCUAUCGAACCCUCUACAUCGGGACAGGAGCUGACAUGGAUGUGUGCCUUACAAACUAUGGUCACUGUAACUACGUGUCCGGGAAACAUGCCUGCAUAUUCUACGAUGAGAAUACCAAACAUUAUGAGCUGUUAAACUACAGUGAGCAUGGGACAACGGUGGACAAUGUGCUGUAUUCGUGUGACUUCUCUGAGAAGACCCCGCCAACCCCCCCAAGCAGUAUUGUUGCCAAAGUGCAGAGUGUCAUCAGGCGCCGCCGCCACCAGAAACAGGAUGAAGAGCCAAGUGAGGAGGCAGCCAUGAUGAGUUCCCAGGCCCAGGGGCCACCACGGAGACCCUGCAAUUGCAAAGCCAGCAGCUCAAGCUUGAUUGGGGGCAGUGGGGCCGGCUGGGAGGGCACGGCCUUACUGCACCAUGGCAGCUACAUCAAACUGGGCUGCCUGCAGUUUGUCUUCAGCAUCACUGAGUUUGCGACCAAACAGCCCAAAGGCGAUGCCAGCCUGCUGCAGGAUGGGGUCUUGGCGGAAAAGUUGUCUCUCAAGCCCCACCAGGGCCCUGUGCUGCGCUCCAACUCCGUUCCCUAGGGCUGGUGACUAACCUUCCACCAACCUGUACACCCACCCAAGACUCCUGCAAUGCAAAAAUGUACACAAACCAAGCCCGGGUGUUUUCUAUACUCUACCAGAAACCCUUCAACUACAAUCUUUGCAUGAAAUGAAGAAAACCUUUUGACUUUUUUAAAAAUCCUUUUUCUUUCUCAAGUUCUAGGGGGCAUUUGCACAUAUAUUUGUACUCAACAUUUCAUGGGAAAGCGGCAGACCCGAGCUGAGGAACAGCGUGGGCAGGGAGGGGAAGAUCCAUGACCUGGACACUUCCUCAAACACAAACCCUUCCCCCACUUCCUGCUCCUUCCCCCUCGCCCGCCGUUGUAAAAUAAUCAGAAACUUGUUCUAUUUUGUGGCAGUGACAAUAGUUUUAUAUUAAAAGAAAAAAUACAGUUUUCAUACAGCAAAAUCUAUACAAUAUCAUUGUUUUAUUUAAUAUAAAGAUCGCUACCCACCCUCUUUCCAUGGUUCCCACCCUCCAAGUUAUUUUCCCUUUCUGCAGCGGUUGCACUACAGGUAGCUACUGUGUAUUAUGGACAAAUGAGAAAUGAAUUCUUUUUCUGGCUGUCCAUCUAUUUUAUUUCAAAUAAGGAAAAGUGUAUUUGGAUUUUGUGUAAAUACAUCUAGUGAUGACAUUUUUUCAAUGUUUUUAAAAACUGUGUACAGUACAUGUGGUAGAGCGUUUUCUCAAAUUGUCUAUUGUAGCAAAAAUGUUUUUGUCGUAAACCUGUUUUUGUCUUUUUUUUGUUCUCUUGCCACUUCUCUCCUUUUCCUCCCACCCCUGGCUUCCUCCUCUCCUCCCACCCCCACAACUAGUACCAAUGUACAUAGUAAUUGUAAUGUUUUAGACUUUACAGAAACUUUCCUGUAUUCUGUAUAUAAAAAAAACAAAAAUAC